AUGAAAUCAAGUGGAUCUUCGUCAUUGUUGAAACAGAAUAAUGCAGAAGGUGGUUGUUCUUUGAAGGAAGGUUUGAAUCGGUAUACAAGCUCCGUUUGGAAACCCUUAUUUCAUUAUGGGGACCUGGUCGUUCUUCGAAGGGCAAUAACUAUUAAGAACUAUGGAAAACAUUUCAGGGGUUGUCCUAAUUAUAAGGGAUCUAUGCAAGCUGGGUGUGGUUUCUUUGGUUGGUUUUAUGAAGAUGUUGGAGAUGAGAAGGAGAAGUUUUGGAUGGAUAUAAUUGAAAAGCUAUCAAAGGCAGUUGCAUAA